UGAAAUACCAUCAGUCAACAAACUAUUGUCACAAUUAGUAAUUCCAUUGCCCGCGAUGACGGCCUUAAGUUCAAUGUAACCGACAGCUUAUUUUCUAUCGGGGCAACUUAUCUAUCGUUGCGUUAUCACAUUGCAUUACCAUCCUUAUUAUAAUUACAAUAAUUGCAUAAAAAUGAAGUGCUUUUUUUGUUCUUUAAUAUUGUUAAAAGUUGCGCUAUGCCAUCCAGUCCCAUCGGUUUCACCAAUAGCCUCAACUUUACCAACGAGUGAAACGUUUGACUUCAUGAAACGGUAUGGAUAUUUGGAUGACACACCAAAUUCCGAAGCUCUCUAUACUGAAGAUGCAAUACGCGAUGUUAUCAAGACUAUGCAAAAGUUUGGCGGGAUACCACAAACUGGUGUUGUUGAUAACGCAACUUUGGCGCUAAUGAAGGCCCGAAGAUGCGGAGUGCCCGAUAUUAUAAGAAAUUCUAGGAGCAAGAGAUAUGUGCUCGGAUCCAAGGGUUGGAAGAAACGCCAUAUUACUUACUAUUUGUACAAUUGGACACCGAAGCUUGGUGAAGAAGUGAUAGCGCAAAAUAUCCAACAAGCUCUGGACACUUGGGGCAAGUACGGAAGGCUAACAUUUACUCGUGUCUACGAUUUCAAUGCCGACAUCAUUGUCAUGUUUGCUCGCGGUCCUCAUGGCGAUAACUUUGCUUUCGACGGACCUGGAGAGGUACUGGCUCACGCGUUCUUCCCCUCGGAUUUCCACGGGAGAGGAGGUGACAUACAUUUUGAUGAAGAAGAAGAAUGGAGCAUCCACACCAAGGAAUCAACCCAAGGUACUGAUUUCUUCACCGUUGCCUUCCACGAGUUGGGGCACUCGCUUGGCCUCUCCCAUUCCCCUGUAGUCUCAUCGAUAAUGUUCCCCUACUAUCAAGGUUACGCGAAUGAUUUAGACUACGACGAUAUUUUGGGAAUGUACGCUCUGUACAUUCAAGGAAUGCCGGAAUCCGGACCCGUGCAUUUUCCUCCACCGUCUCCACCAAGAACAACCACAGCACGGACUCCUCCAGCGUACGACUACGAUGAAGAUGAAAAUAGUGUUGAGGAAACCGACCAAGUAGAUACCGAUAAGGAAGACGGCAGCUACAAUGAAGAUGACAACGAAAUACCUAAUAUACCUGAAACUGAGGAACCCGAACAACCGGAAACCGGCUACGAAUCUAAUGAAGAUGACAAAGAUGAAGGUUUGACAGACGAUGUUGUGAAAGAGGAAGAUCUUGAUGAAGAUGAAGAACAUCUACCAGACGAAGACGUUACACCAGGUGCAGAGCCUUCAAUUCCGGAUGUAUGCGAAGGAAAUAUUGACGCCAUUUCUGCGAUACGCGAACAGCUCUUUGUUUUUAAAGGGGAAUACUUCUGGCGUUUGAGGGAUAAGAACCAAUUAGAGCAGGGAUAUCCCGCCCGCAUACAGCAGAUGUUCCCUCUUCCAGAAUCGAUACGAAAGAUCGACGCGGUAUACGAAAGACCAGACAGCAUGAUCGUGCUAUUUUCAGGCAGUCAAUUUUGGGUUUAUGACGGUCACGUGUUUGUUGAAGACAGCCCUCAAAGCUUAUCAAAGUACGGUCUCCCGGACGAUUUGGAUCGAAUUGAUGCUGUUAUUAGCUGGCCUAAGAAUGGAAAAACUUAUUUGUUCAAAAAUGACAGGAUGUGGAGAUAUAAUGAAGAUACACGAACUGUAGAUGCCGGUUAUCCGAUGCAUAUACAAAGAUGGCGUGGUGUUCCCGAAAAUCUGGACGCAGCAAUGUCAUGGAAUGAUGGAAAGACGUACUUUUUCAAGGGGAAGCUUUAUUGGACGUUUGAUGAUACAUGGAUAAGCGUCACGGAAACAUCUCCUCUGCCGAUGCCUCAGCUAUGGUUAGGCUGUCCAGAAAAGCAGUUUGUUAGAGAUUAUUUUGCUAACCAUAAACCGAAAAACGAAACUGAUUACCAUCAACUUUAUGGGCAGCCUUAGUUGUAUUUACUGUUAUUUGUGCAUUAAUAAACAUAUACAUUGUUGAGCUAACUUAUUUAAGAAAAAAAGGUCUUAUGAACGAACGGGCAGCAGUACUUAUAACCCACACACUGGACCUCUCUGCUGUUCGAAAGACCUGUAGUUAUCGACUGAUAUGAGAAAGUACCUAUAUAACUUUUGAAUGUAAAGUUUAGUCUUGAGCUUCACUUGACAUUGCCUUUGGUGUUAUUAUAUGUUACAUUACUCAUAGGAUGAUUUCAAAGUAGUUUUACUGAUUACAGUUCCGAAUAGCCUUCAGGAGAUUUUGACUAUGAAUUGGAAUUCUUUAAAAGGGAAUGGCGUUUUAGAUAAAAAAAAUCACGUAUAAAGGUUUUUUUACAGGUGACUGUGACUAAUAGUUUCUAGCAUCAUCCUGUUCAUCAUUUAGUCAUAUCAAUCAUCUUGGUUAUUUAAGCCCCAAUUGCCAGGGGUGGGUAAAAUACCUACAUCUAAAAAUUUAUUUUAUUUAAAAUGUAAAAUUGGAAAUUGUUUUUGGACGUUUAUACCUAUUAAAUAGAUAAUAACUAAUUAAAAUUUCAAAUACAAAUGUUA